AUGAGCAGCGAAAAGGAGUCAGCCAAUGGCAAAAUCCAGGACAUUGAUAUGAAAGACGCUCAUGAGGUUGAGGAAAGUGCCCUUGACAAGGUAGAGGCGAUUGAGCUCCUUCCUAAUCUCUUCACUCUUCUUCAGCAGCUAGAGAAAGGCGAGUUGCAGCCAAAGGACUUUGAUAAUCACGCCGGCACAAUCAGGAUGAAGCUCAACAACAUGAGGAAGCUUCUUCAGGAAAUUGACGGCAUCUGCGAGCCUAUCGAGGAUCGGUUGGCGGAGAUUGAAGCGAUCAGAGAGAGUAAUCUGAGGAAGAAAGAGUUCAUCGACGAAUUCCGCCAGCGAGUAAUUCAUGAUUUGAAAGAAUAA